AUGCACGCGACAAAUGUGGCAAAUGAUGAUUACAUGUAUGCGUCACAAGAAUAUGAAACCCAAUAUGAUGAUGACAAUCUUGAUGUGGAUGAUGAGGGCUUUGUUGUCAAGGGAAGAAGUGGAAAUUAUACCACCGCAGAGGAUGUGUUGAUAUGCACCACUUGGAAGAAAAUCUCUCAAGAUGCAAGCGUUGGAAGCGACCAAACAGUGAACACCUAUUGGCAACGCAUCAAGGAGUACUUCGAUGAGCGCAACACAAGUGGUCACUUCCGUUUGAGCGACUCUCUACGCGAACGUUGGUCCACCAUCAACGCCGAAUGCCAAAAGUGGGCCGGUUGCUUGUCAAACGUUGCUCGCAUGAACCCAAGUGGUUGUGAUGAUCGUACCACGGUUCACAACGCGGUGGUGUUGAUGACCCGCAUGAGUAAUAUUCAUGUGCAUUUCAAUUUCUAG